AACAUUCAAUCUCCAGUGAUGACUACAUACAAGACAAGCUAUGCUAGGAAAGGAGAGAGGCACAAACAUGUGUUUAGUGUAAAGUUGUCAGUAGGAGGAAUAACACAGGGCUGUGAAUGAGCUCUGUCACUGUGAUCAGACUCCUCCUUUAAAUCCACCAACUUAGUGUUGAUGAAGACUAAACAGAGAUCAGAGUCUUCUUUAUACUCGCUGUAGCUCAGAGUUACUCAACACUGCAGAUAUGACGUCUCUGUUCAUCUCAGUGUUGCUGGCUGCUAUGUGCCUUGAAUGCAGAGCACAAAAAGACAACGUGCUGCAACCAAAAAGAGAUGUGACUGCUGCUGAAGGAGAGGCAGUAACACUUGACUGUCAAUAUAACAGCAGUAGUACAAGUUAUUACCUCUUCUGGUACAAACAGGAAGGAAACAACAGCCCCAAAUUCAUCCUGAGCCGAGUUAAACUGGAUGAAGGGAACACACCAGAUGAGUUUAAGGAAAGAUUUUCAUCCACACUGGAUUCCAACUUAAGAUCAGUUCCUCUGAAGAUCCAGAAGCUUCAGCUGUCUGACUCUGCUGUGUACUACUGUGCUCUGCAGCCCACAGUGACAGGAAACACCAAAACUCUGUACACUUUUGGUGGAGGAACCAGACUGGAUGUUGGAAGUGAUGUCCGUCCCACCCUGACGGUGCUGCCCCCCUCCAGCGAGGAGCUGCAGCAGGGGAAGGCCACGCUCAUAUGUCUGGCCAACAAGGGCUUCCCCUCAGACUGGAGUCUGGCCUGGAAGGUGGACGGCAGCAGCAGCAGCAGCAGCGGGGAGGAGAGCAGGAGCCCUGGGGUGCUGCAGAAGGACGGCCGCUACAGCUGGAGCAGCACCCUGAGGCUCCCUGCAGACCAGUGGAGGAAGGUGGGCUCUGUGACCUGUGAGGCCACCCAGGGCUCCCAGACUCCAGUCUCAGAGACACUGAGGAGAGACCAGUGUUCCCAGUCCUGACCUGACUCACUGGGACUCUGCUACUGGUUUUACUCUGCUACUGCUCUCACUCUGAUCUCUAAUCAGAACAGUGUAACAUUGUGUAACUUCAAACUGUAACAACUGCAUUAUUGUAGUACUGAUGACUUAGAUGCUUGAAACAAUAAACAUUUUCUCUCUUGAAAUCAAA